UCCAGUCCCUGGCGCGGCCCGGCCCGUGAGCUUGCUCCGGCCGCCUUCCGCCGUCCUCCGCCCGCGCCAUGGCCAGCCUGCGGCCGUCCGGCCAGGCUCCUCUGCAGCCACUGCUGCUGCUCCUGGUGGUGGCCGCGCGCGCCCUGCCCGGCGCCGACGGGACGUGCCCCGAACGCGCGCUGGAGAGGCGGGAGGAGGAGGCGAACGUGGUGCUCACCGGCACCGUGGAGGAGAUCCUCAACGUGGACCCGGUGCAGCACACGUACUCGUGCAAGGUUCGGGUCUGGCGGUACUUGAAGGGCAAAGAUGUGGUGGCCCAGGAGAGCCUGCUGGACGGAGGCAACAAGGUGGUGAUUGGCGGCUUCGGAGACCCCCUCAUCUGUGACAACCAGGUGUCCACUGGGGACACCAGGAUCUUCUUUGUGAACCCAGCCCCGCCGUACCUGUGGCCAGCCCACAAGAAUGAGCUGAUGCUCAACUCCAGCCUCAUGCGCAUCACCCUGCGGAACCUGGAGGAGGUGGAACACUGCGUGGAAGACAAACCUGGGACCCACUUCACGCCAGUGCCCCCAACGCCUCCGGAUGCGUGCCGAGGAAUGCUGUGUGGCUUCGGCGCCGUCUGCGAGCCCAGCGCGGAGGAGCCGGGCCGAGCCUCCUGCGUGUGCAAGAAGAGCGCCUGCCCCAGCGUGGUGGCGCCCGUGUGCGGCUCGGAUGCCUCCACCUACAGCAACGAGUGCGAGCUGCAGCGGGCGCAGUGCAGCCAGCAGAGGCGCAUCCGCCUGCUGCGCCGGGGGCCCUGCGGGACCAGGGACCCCUGCUCCAAUGUAACCUGCAGCUUUGGCAGCACCUGUGCGCGCUCCGCAGAUGGACUGACAGCCACGUGCCUGUGCCCUGCCACGUGCCUCGGGGCCCCCGAGGGCCCCGUGUGUGGCAGCGACGGCACUGACUACCCCAGCGAGUGCCAGCUCUUGCGCCAAGCCUGCGCCCACCAGGAAAACGUGUUCAAGAAGUUCGACGGCCCUUGCGACCCCUGCCAGGGCGCCCUCAACGACCUGAGCCUCAUCUGCCGUGUGGACCCACGCACGCGGCGCCCGGAGAUGCUCCCGCGGCCAGAGAGCUGCCCUCCGAGGCAGGCGCCCGUGUGUGGGGAUGAUGGGGUUACCUACGGUAACGACUGCAUCAUGGGCCGAACCGGGGCCACCCGAGGCCUCCUCCUCCAGAAAGUGCGCUCUGGCCAGUGCCAGCCUCGAGACCAGUGCCCAGAGGCGUGCAAGUUCAGUGCCGUGUGCCUGUCGCGCCGAGGCCGCCCCCGCUGUUCCUGCGACCGUGUCAUCUGCGAUGGGGCCUACAAACCCGUGUGCGCCCACGACGGGCACACAUAUGACAAUGACUGCUGGCGCCAGCAGGCCGAGUGUCAGCAGCAGCGCAGCAUCCCCGCCAAACGCCAGGGCCCGUGUGACCAGCCCCCGUCCCCGUGCCGCGGGGUGCAGUGUCCAUUCGGGGCGAUGUGUGCUGUGAAGAAUGGGGAAGCCGAGUGUGCGUGUCAGCGAGCGUGUUCAGGCAUCUACGAUCCUGUGUGUGGCAGCGACGGCGUCACGUACGGCAGCACGUGCGAGCUGGAGGCUACGGCCUGCGCCCUUGGGCGGGAGAUCCGGGUGGCUCGCCGAGGACCCUGUGACCGCUGUGGGCAGUGCCGCUUUGGAGCCCUGUGUGAGGCUGAGACCGGGCGCUGCGUGUGCCCCUCCGAGUGCGUGGCCUCGGCCCAGCCCGUGUGCGGCUCUGACGGGCGCACGUAUGCCAGCGAGUGUGAGCUGCACGUGCACGCCUGCACACGCCAGAUCAGCCUGCACGUGGCCUCGGCUGGACCCUGCCAGACCUGCGGAGACACAGUGUGCGCCUUCGGGGCCGUGUGCUCGGCGGGGCGGUGCGUGUGUCCCCGGUGCGAGCGCCCUCCGCCCGGCCCCGUGUGUGGCAGCGACGGCGUGACCUACCGCAGUUCCUGCGAGCUCCGCGAGGCGGCCUGCCAGCAGCAGAUGCAGAUAGAGGAGGCCCGGGCGGGGCCGUGUGAGCAGGCCGAGUGCGGCUCGGGAGGCUCGGGCUCUGGAGAGCACGGUGAGUGUGGGCAGGAGCUGUGCCGGCAGCGAGGCGGCAUCUGGGAUGAGGACUCAGAGGACGGGCCGUGCGUCUGCGACUUCAGCUGCCAGAGCGUCCUGAGGAGCCCGGUGUGCGGCUCGGACGGGGUCACCUACCGCACCGAGUGUGAGCUGAAGAAGGCCAGGUGUGAAUCGCGGCCAGAGCUGUACGUCGUGGCCCAGGGAGCCUGCAGUGCCCCCACCUUGGCCCCGCUGCUGCCUGCGGUUCCCCUGCACUGCGCUCAGAGCCCCUACGGCUGCUGCCUGGACAACAUCACUGCUGCCCGGGGCGUGGGCCUGGCCGGCUGCCCUAGCUCGUGCCAGUGCAACCCCCACGGUUCCUACGGUGGCACCUGUGAACCGGCCACAGGCCAGUGCUCCUGCCGCCCGGGCGUGGGGGGCCUCAAGUGUGACCGCUGCGAGCCCGGCUUCUGGAACUUCCGUGGCAUUGUCACCGAUGGCCGGAGUGGCUGUACCCCCUGCAGCUGUGACCCCCAGGGGGCCGUGCGGGACGACUGUGAACAGAUGACCGGGCUGUGUUCCUGUAAGCCCGGGGUGGCCGGACCCAGGUGCGGGCAGUGUCCAGACGGCCGUGCCCUGGGCCCUGCUGGCUGUGAGACAGACUCCCCGGCACCCAAGACCUGUGCUGAGAUGCCUUGUGAGUUCGGGGCGUCCUGCGUGGAGGAGGCUGGCUCCGCCCACUGCGUAUGCCCAACACCCGCCUGUCCAGGGGCCAGUGCUACCAAGGUCUGUGGGUCAGAUGGAGUCACCUACGGCGACGAGUGCCAGCUGAGGACCGUCGCCUGCCGCCAGGGCUUGGGCAUCUCUAUCCAGAGCCUCGGCCCUUGCCAGGAAGACAUCACUUCCGGCCCCCGUCCGACAUCUGCCUCUGUGGCCCCCUCAGGGCUUGACCUGAGCAAGGUGCUGCUGCCUCCACCCGGCGCCCUCCCCCCGGCUCCCAGCAGCACUGCUCGACCCGCAUCGCAACCUUGGACCACUGCCAGCGUCCCCAGGACCGCUGCAAGGCCUGUGCUGACCAUGCCUCCCACGGCCCCCUCCCCGGCAGCCAGCCUCGCCACAUCUGCCUUUGGCGAAUCUGGCAGCGCCGAUGGGAGCGGCGACGAGGAGCUGAGUGGUGACUUGGAGGCCAGCGCGGCUGGCUCAGGAGGACUCGAGCCCCCUGAGAGAGACAGCGCUGGGACCCCCGGGCCACCCAUGGAGAGGGCGUCCUGCUACAACUCGCCUAUGGGCUGCUGCUCAGAUGGCAAGACACCCUCACUGGACGCAGAGGGCUCCAACUGUCCUGCCACCAAGGUGUUCCAGGGUGUGCUGGAGCUCGAGGGGGUCGAGGGGCAGGAGCUGUUCUACACGCCGGAGAUGGCCGACCCCAAGUCCGAGCUGUUUGGGGAGACGGCCAGGAGCAUCGAGAGCGCGCUGGAUGAUCUCUUCCGGAACUCGGACCUUAAGAAGGACUUUCGAAGUGUCCGCCUGCGGGACUUGGGGCCCGGCGACUCCGUCCGAGCCAUCGUGGAUGUGCACUUCGACCCCACCACAGCCUUCAGGGCACCCGAUGUGUGCCAGGCCCUGGUCCGGCAGAUCCAGGCAUCCAGGCGCCGGUCACUGGGCGUGAGGCGGCCUCUGCAGGAACACGUGCGGUUCAUGGACUUCGACUGGUUUCCUGCGUUCUUCACGGGAGCCACCCCUGCUGCAGCCACGGCCAGAGCCACCACUGUGGCCCGCCUGCCACCUUCAGCUGUGACCCCUCGGGCCCUCUAUCCCAGUCACACAAGCCGGCCCGUCAGCAGGAUCACAGUGCCCUUCACCGCGCGCCAACCCCCCACCCCUGCCCCUAGCCGUAUGCCUGCACACCGGCCCUCGCCCCCAGGCAUCCUGCAGCCCCCAAGGCCCUGUGACUCCCAGCCCUGCCUCCACGGGGGGACCUGCCAGGACCAGGGCUCAGGUGGAGACUUCACCUGCCGCUGCACAGCGGGCAGGGGGGGCGCUGUCUGCGAGCAGGCACCACGCCCCUCCGUGCCGGCCUUCGGGGGCCACUCCUUCCUGGCCUUCCCCACCCUCCGUGCCUACCACACCCUGCGUCUGGCGCUUGAAUUCCGGGCGCUGGAGCCCCAGGGUCUGCUGCUGUAUAACGGCAAUGCCCGGGGCAAGGACUUCCUGGCACUGGCGCUGCUGGGGGGCCGCGUGCAGCUCAGGUUCGACACAGGUUCGGGGCCCGCGGUGCUGACCAGCUCAGUGCCCGUGCAGCCCGGCCGGUGGCAUCACCUGGAGCUGUCUCGGCACUGGCGCCAGGGCACUCUCUCGGUGGACGGUGAGACCCCUGUCCUGGGCCAGAGCCCCAGUGGCACUGACGGUCUCAACCUGGACAUGGACCUUUUUGUGGGUGGCGUCCCGGAGGACCAGGCUUCCGUGGUGCUCGAGCGGACCUCUGUCGGCGUCGGGCUUAGGGGCUGCAUCCGCUUGCUGGACGUCAACAACCAGCAGCUGGAGCUGAGUGACUGGCAGGGGUCUGCGACCCGAAGCUCUGGAGUGGGCGAGUGCGGGGACCACCCCUGUGUGCCUAACCCCUGCCUCGGCGGGGCCCCGUGCCAGGCCCUGGAGGCCGGCAUGUUCCACUGUCGGUGCCUACCCGGCCGCUUUGGCCCGACCUGUGCUGACGAGAAGGACCCUUGUCAGCCGAACCCCUGCCAUGGGGCAGCCCCCUGCCGCGUGCUGCCCCAGGGCGAGGCCAAGUGCGAGUGCCCUCGGGGCCGGGAGGGCAGCCUCUGCCAGACAGUCUCAGAGCGCGAGAAUAGCCAGCCUUUCCUGGCCGACUUCAGCAGCUUCUCCUACCUGGAGCUGAAAGGCCUGCACACCUUUGAGCGGGACCUGGGGGAGAAGAUGGCGCUGGAGGUGGUGUUCCUGGCCCGGGGUCCCAGCGGCCUGCUCCUCUACAACGGACAGAAGACAGACGGCAAGGGCGACUUCGUGUCGCUGGCACUUCACGACCGUGUCCUGGAGUUCCGCUACGACUUGGGCAAGGGGGCAGCGGUCAUCAGGAGCAAGGAGCCAGUGGCCCUGGGCGCCUGGACCAGGGUCUCUCUGGAGCGAAACGGACGCAAAGGAGCCAUGCGGGUCAACGAUGGGCCCCGUGUGCUGGGGGAGUCCUCGGUGCCGCACACCGUCCUCAACCUGAAGGAGCCGCUCUACGUGGGGGGGGCCCCUGACUUCAGCAAGCUGGCCCGGGCAGCCGCCGUGUCCUCUGGCCUGGAUGGUGCUAUCCAGCUGGUCUCCCUGAGCGGCCGCCAGCUGCUGACCCGGGAGCACGUGGUGCGGGCGGUGGGUGUCUCGUCCUUUGCAGACCACCCUUGUACCCAGGCCGGGGGUCACCCUUGCCUCAACGGGGCCUCCUGUCUCCCUCGGGAGGCCUCCUACGAGUGCCUGUGUCCUGGGGGCUUCUCAGGGCUGCACUGCGAGAAGGGCCUGAUUGAGAAGUCGGCCGGGGACUUGGACACACUGGCCUUUGACGGACGGACCUACAUCGAGUACCUCAACGCCGUGGCGGAGAGCGAGAAGGCGCUACAGAGCAACUACUUUGAGCUGAGCCUGCGCACCGAGGCCACGCAGGGGUUGGUGCUGUGGAGUGGCAAAGCCACAGAGCGGGCCGACUACAUCGCACUGGCCAUCGUGGACGGGCGCCUGCAACUGGCUUACGACCUGGGCUCCCAGCCCAUGGUGCUGCGCUCCACCGUACCAGUCAGCACCAACCGCUGGUUGCGGGUCAGGGCACACAGGGAACAGAGGGAAGGCUCCCUUCAGGUGGGCAAUGAGGCCCCUGUGACUGGUUCCUCCCCACUGGGUGCCACGCAGCUGGACACAGAUGGAGCCCUGUGGUUGGGUGGCCUAGAGAAGCUGCCUGUGGGCCAGGCCCUGCCCAAAGCCUACGGCACGGGCUUCGUGGGCUGCCUGCGGGACGUGGUGGUGGGUCGGCGCCCGCUGAACCUGCUGGAGGAUGCCGUCACCAAGCCGGACCUUCGGCCCUGUCCUGCCCCCCGGAGGGACUGCUGGCCCGGCCUCCCUCCCGUCCAGGCAGGCGCGCUGCAGAGACAGACUUGGUGCCAAGGGACUCCAAGGGGUUGGGGGAGGAAUGCUGCACAUGGAGGGCUUGGCGCACUCAGCAGCCUUGGGACGUGCCCCUCUGCCUUGGGACACCGUGUCCUGGCCUCUCAGGCUGUGCCUUCCCCAAGUAUCCACUCGUGCUGGCCCCUGUGUUCCCCAGCCUGUCGGAGGCCCCGCAUACAUACAUUGCCCACGUUCCAUCUGGCGAGGCCUGUGUCCCCAGAGCAGGUAGGCACUGUAGGGUUUAGGGUGCCCUUCCUCUGUGCAAGCCCCACGGGGCCUCUCUGGGUUCCCAUCUGAGCCGCCCCUCCUCCCUGCCUAUGCUGGGCGGGGCCAGCCUCACCAGGGCCCGCCGAGCCCAGGCCUCCUGUACCAGUCCUGUGAAACAAUGUCACUGCUGACGCCAUGCUGUGCCCCUCCCUCCAGCUGAGUCCACCUGUCCCAGGGCACUGGAGAGCAGAGGCCGGGCACAGGCCUGUUCAGGGCACCCUGGCCCGCAGCUGGCCCUGCCCCUCCACCCAGCCACCCUGGACAUGGCUGUGUCCCCCCUCCUCCCCCCAGGGCCCCACGAGGAGCCCUGAGAGGGCGUGGGGCCACUCGUGAUGUGGUGGACGUCACUGCCUGCCUGCCGGGGGGGCCAGCAUCCCCUCCUGAGGAUGCACGUCCAGGCCUGGCCACCAACCGCAGAGUCUUUAUGUACUGAUUUUAUUUGACAGCUGGGGUGGCAGGGCUGUUGUCUUUCCUGUCCUGGCCCGAGGGCAGCUGAGGACGCCGCACAGCAAAGCUGUCCAGUUGUGGUGUGAGGAGGGGUUGUCCUUAUCCAGGAGUGACCGGGGGCGGGCUGGGCGUCUAGGCAACACCAAGGGGCAGGUGCGGGGUGGCAGAGACGGCUGCAAAGCCAGAGACGCCUUAAACUGCAAUGUUAGGUCUCAUCUGGUCCCGUCCCCCCAGCCGCCCUCACCUGUCCUGGCGGGGGUGGCAGCCCCUCCCCCAGCCCCUCCCCCAGCCCAGCCAGGCUGUCAGGCUCAGAGGCUGCAGGAGCCUCAGAAGUCCUGUUACUAACUCCAAUUUGUGUUUGUGUCAAUCACCGUGAAAUAAAGUCUGAACACUUGCAA